GAGUCUCUGAACAAGCUGAUGAAGAACCUGGAUAGCACAAGCCCUCAUUUCAUCCGAUGCAUUGUUCCAAACGAGUUCAAACAGCCUGGUGUAUUGGAUGCUCAACUCGUCCUGCAUCAGCUCCGUUGUAACGGUGUGCUGGAAGGCAUUCGCAUCUGCCGCAAAGGCUUCCCCAACAGAAUGAUCUAUUCAGAGUUCAAGCAACGGUACUCAAUUUUGGCCCCAAAUGCCAUCCCCGAGGGGUUCGUCGACGGCAAGCAGGUGACCGAAAAGAUACUGGCCGCCACUUCGCUUGACCCCAACGCCUACCAGUGCGGCAACACAAAGGUCUUCUUCAAAGCCGGCACUCUGGCCAUCCUGGAAGACAUGCGUGACGAGAAGCUCAACAGCCUCAUCUCAAUAUUCCAGGCUCAAAUUCGAGGCUACCUGAUGCGAAGGCAGUACAAGAAACUGCAAGACCAGAGGGUCGCACUCACUUUGAUCCAACGGAACGUCCGCAAGUACUUGGGCAUGCGAAACUGGCCCUGGUGGCGACUCUUCACCAAAGUCAAACCGAUGCUCAACAUUGCUCGUCAGGAGGAUGAGAUGAAAAAGGCGGCAGAAGAGUUGGUCAAAAUGAAGGAGGAGUUCGAAAAGUUGGAGAAGCUGAAGAAAGAGUUGGAAGAGAAGAAUGUGACCCUACAACAGCAAACCAAUGACCUAUUUGUGCAACUGCAGGCUGAACAGGACAACCUGGCGGAUGCCGGAGAGAAGAUUGAACAACUGGUCCUACAAAAAGGUGAAUAUGUACAGCAGAUCAAAGAGUUGGAGGAGCGUGUUGCUGAUGACGAGUCAUCGGCAGGCCAGGCAGAAGAGGUAAGGAAUAAGCUGGCCUCAGAGAUUAGUGAGCUCAAAAAGGAUGUUGAAGAUCUGGAGACUUCGCUGCAGAAGGCAGAACAGGAGAAGUUGACGAAGGACAACCAGAUUAAAGCGAUUCAAGAGGAACUGGUGGAAAAAGAUGAGGCGAUCGCGAAGAUGGGCAAAGAGAAAAGGAUGCUGGAGGAGCAGCACAAGAAUACCAAAGAGGCCCUACAGGCCGAGGAGGAAAAAGUGAUCCAGUUCAACAAAUUGAAGCAGAAACUCGAGUCCACACUUGAUGAGAUGGAGGAGCAGAUGACUCGGGAACAGAAACUCCGUGGGGACGUGGAGAAGGCCAAAAGAAAGUUGGAGGGUGACCUCAAGGCUUUGCAGGAGGCUAUUGACGAGCUGGAGCGCCUAAAGCACGAGCUCGAAGAGAAGGUGGUCCGGAAGGAAGCAGAGAUUAAUGCAUUGAAUAGCAAAUAUGAAGAUGAGCAGAAUGUUGUUGCCCAGUUGCAGCGCAAGCUGAAGGAUCUGAAGGCCAGGAUUCAAGAGUGCGAGGAGGAAUUGGAGGCUGAACGAGCCGGAAGGCAGAAGUCGGAGAAAGCCCGUCAACAGGUCGGUUUAAAGUUCCUUUUGGGAACUUUGGGACAUGGGAAAAUUCACAACUCCGUCUUUAGCUCAAUUUACGCCAUACUUGAAUAA